AUGCUAGAAAAAGAAGCUCUCAAUAAAGAGGAGAAUUCAAGAAGGAAGAAUUUUGAUGCAACCCUCUAUAAAAAUGACUAUACUUUGUGGACAUUAAAGAGCCAAUUAUCUCUCGCACAAUCUGGGCAGAUUUUAGGAAGUCUAAGUAUCGAUGAAACCUUAAUAAAAGAAGACGAAGAGAUGACCAAAUCUGCACUUUCUACUUUUAGGGCUAAGGAAAAGGAGAUUGAAAAGAAGCAGCUUGAGGUUAAAAAGAGAGUUCAAGCAGAGUUGGGCAGUAUUCAAGAAGAAACUCAGCAUUGGGUCUAG